UUUCCAUUUGUCUGGUGUGACCUCUUGUUUCCAUUAUUUCAUGUUUGAGGGUAAUUGUUUUUCUGUAUUUUUACUUCUCCAAUACAAAUAUUUCAUCUCAGUACAAAGAUAUCAGAAAAAAACCCUGUGUACUCCCCCUCAUUUUUUAAGAGUCCUUUGUGCAUUACAGAAAUUAGAUCAGAGUCACAAGUGGUGGCACAUGUCUUUAAUUCCAGCACUUGGGAGGCAGAGAGAACAUCUCUGGUAAAUCAGAGGCUGGCCUGGUCUAUAUUGGGAGUUCUAGGAUAGUCAGGGCUUCAUAGGGACAGUGGUCUCAAAGCAAAUAGUUAAUUGAUUAACAACAAAAAACAGAACCCUGGUCUGUUCAAGUAAAUGUGUCAUAAUCGUCACAUGAUGACAUCGAUUCAUGGCCGAACAUCUCAUCACGGUCCAGAGAUGAGCAAAUGCCAUAAUUGCAAACUCAAGCCAAAAAAGAGGACUUCUUCUCAAGGGUGGCAGAAACAAAGAUCUGCACUGCUUACCAGCCAAUCCAGAGAAAACGUAUCUCCAUCGUUCGUUACCCGAGUCAUUGCUGCAGCCAUGGCAAUACACUUCAUCAUUAUGACGUUGAUAUGGUUUGCCAUUUUCAUAACUUCAUUAUGCAACAAUGGGGUUUCAACUUCUUCAAGAGGUUACUGUGGUCAUUGCCCUAAUGACUGGAUAUGUUAUAGAAACAACUGCUACCAAUUUUUUAAUGAGAGCAAAACCUGGAAUCAGAGCCAAGCUUCGUGUUUGUCUCAAAAUUCCACCCUUCUGAAGAUAUACAGCAAAGAGGAUCAGGAUUUCUUUAAGUUGGUGAAGUCAUAUCACUGGAUGGGACUAUCCCAGAUUCAAGGAAAUGGCUCCUGGCAGUGGGAAGAUGGCUCCACUCUCUCAUCUAACCAGUCUGGAUGUCAAAUGUGGUUCUCUGUGUUCAGGUUAACACUGGUGGAAAUGCAGAACGGAUCCUGUGCUGUCUACGGCUCGAGUUUUAAGGCCUACACAGAGGUCUGUUCAGCUCUAAACACGUACAUCUGCAUGAAGAAGGGAGUGUUGGGACUUCAUUAACCACCCGAAGCACCCAGGGCAAGAGAAAGGAUUGUCCCGGAUUGGAACUAAAAAUAAAAGAGACCGAACACAAAACAGCAGGCCUACACCUUCAAAAACAAGCCACAGAACGAUUCGUUUAACAUUCUGUGUCCCAUAAACAAGAGAUGCUAACUCAAAUACUAUCAAGGCUACCAUCCACAUCAUUCUCCAAUCUGCCUAGGAUGUGGGGAAUGAGGGAAGCAAGGAGGAGCCUGUUUCAAAAUGGGACUAACACGGAGGGGAGCUAAGAGAGUGGGAGAGGGCAGCCCCGGGUAGCACCCAGCCGUUUCAGCUCCAGCACUAUAGAAAAAGGCAGGUUGAGUGGGCUACAGUGGAGAACCACAGGGUAGUGAGCACCGUGCGCCCGCAGAGUUGCCCUCCCAGUGGUGAAAGAAAGCCAGCUUCAGACAGUCUGCGAGAGCAGGUUUGAGUAAGGGCCAGCAGCACUGCUUUUGGAACCUGAAGGUACCAUGAAGCUCGCCUUGUUUUUCUCUGCUUUCUUGGGACUCCACUGUUCCUUCUUCCUUGUGUUUUCCGGUUGAGAUGACAGUUUCUAUUGAAGGCCGGCCCCGCCAUGGAACUUUGAAAAUGCAUGACUUGUUUCUUUUUGGUUUGUUGUUGUUGUUGUUGUUGUUGUUUUGAGACAGGGUUUCUCUGUAUUGUUUUGGAGGCUGUCCUGGAAUUCGCUUUGUAGACCAGGCUGGCCUCGAACUCAUAGGAAUCCACCUGCCUCUGCCUCCUGAGUGCUGGGAUUAAAGGCGUGUGCCAGGCUUGUUUCAUUUUACAAGUUACAACUAGAAAAGAGUUUUGACUAUCUGAUUCUCAUCUGAUUCGGGUCAAAUUUAGAGGAGUCCUUGAACUUGAAGUUUGAAAGGUGGUGAUAGAGAGAGUUGAAAGCUCUGAGAUUAUUAAGGUCGAAUGAAUGAAGAAAUGAAUUCCUGGGGCCAUGGGUAAUGUUAUAUACUGAAUGUGCAUGUCCAAACUUCAUAUUUGAAAUCCCAACUCCUGGUAUUUUAAUGCUAGGAGACAAGCAUUGGAACAUAAUGCUUUAAGUCAUGAGUGUGAAGUCGUUGUUAGUGAAAUUGUCUCUUAAGAAAACACCCACAGAGACUGCUCCCUCUUCUUUUGGCCACAAGAGAGUACAGGAAACUUCUGAAAUACAACCUAAAGAUGCCCUCACCAAACCCAACAGAUGCUAUUACCCUGGUCUUAUAUUCCCAAGUUUCAUCAUUCUGAGAAAUGGAUUUCUGUUAUUUACAACUUGCCUGGGUAUUUUAUAAUAGUACCAGAAACAAGCUGAGACCAGAGGGGAAGGCAGCCAGAUAGUAGGUCUCAUUGAAAUUUUAAAAAGGAAGGCUGGACAGGUGGCUUAGUUGUGAAGAGCACUGGUUUCAUCCUCAGCACUACAUGGCAGCUCACAUCACCUUGACUCCAGUUCCAAAGGAUCCAAGACUCUCCUCUGGCUUCUGAAGGCACCUGCGUGCACGUGGGGUACAGACAAGCAUGAAGACAAGCGCUCACACAUAAAAUAAAAACAAAACUGAAAAAAAGUUU